GGGCUUGGUCCUCUCUGGGCACUGGAAUUUUGUCUCUACUGUUGGGGCAAGGAAGGAUCUUCCUUCUUUUCACUUUGUUCUCUGCUGGGUUUUGGUCAAAAUUGGUUUUGUUUAACGCUAUCUGAUUGUGGUGGGUCUUCUGUCUGAGGUAUCGUGUUAGAUUCGAUUCUGAUAUGAGGCUUUGAUUUCAUGGACAACUGUUAUUGUGUCGAGUAGAGGUCGGUGGUACAUGUGACUUGCAUUCAUGUGUUCAGCUUUGUUUUGUUUGUUUUGAGCAUAGAGUUAAGGUUGGUGGAGUGAACUUUUAGUUUCUCAGAGUGUGCCCUUUUCCUUUUGAGUCACGAGUGCCUUCAUCCUUUUUUUUCUCAAGUUGAAGACUCUUUGCGUACCGUUUGUUUCUUGUGGGAUGAAAGAACUCCUGCAAGCAUAAUCGGGAGAGAGCACUGCAUUUGGGGAGGUAUAAGAUAUCCUCAUCUGAGUUGAUACAGAAGAAUACCUACUCCAGGAGCACUGAUUAAGGUUCCUUUCCUACUUUCUAAAGAAAGAAUUCACUGGGAUCAACUUCAAGCACCGAUAUUAUCAGCAACUUCCUCAACCAUGGAGAUACAUUUGAAGCAGUAUGAGAAAGAAUGUUUGAAAUCAACUAUGCUAAAGCAUGAAGAAACUUUUAAAGAGCAGAUAUGUGAGCUUCAUCGUCUAUAUCAUGUUCAGAAACUGCUAAUGAGUGACAUGAAAAACAAAAAUAUUAUGCUGCAAGCAACCAGGAAUGAUUCUGCUUCUCGAAAUUUUAGUCUACAUGCAAGACUAAGUGCACAAGGUACUAGAUACCAAAUCAAGGAUCCUCUGCAGAUGAAAACAAUGAUUGAUCUGGAGCACCAGGCUGAGAAAAAUUUUAUAGAAAAUUCAGAAGAUGCUUCUCUAGAGAGUGAGAUUGAAGAAGAGACUGACAUUGAACUGACCUUGAGCACUGGAUCUAGAAACAAGAAGAAGAAAAAUAAAAAGAAGGAACCCAUAUAUUGGAAUCUUGAUGGAUCUUUUCCUUCUAUGUCGGCUAGACAUGACUCCACCCAAGCCCCAGUUAUUGGAAGCCAUCCAUGGUUGAACUCAAGGGAGAGGUUAACAGGACCUAGCUGGGAAAGUUUCUGCAAUGAGCAAAAGAAGACUUACAGUGAGGAAGAGCUCUCUAGAAAAGAAAGGCAACCGCUGUGGUUUUUUCCAGUGUUAAGCUUGAAUGUGACAUAGACAUGAUAUGGGCAGUUUCUUUUUUUAACUCAAGUUUUUUCUUUCUUUUGUUUUCGGUUGUACUUCAGCUCGACUGUUCUUUUAAACCGAAACUAUGUUAAGACUAUGAUAUUGCGUCAUUAGUUAAAGAAUCCCUACAUAUUUUUGCUGAGCUCA